AUGAAAAUUCACUUCUUGUUUGAUGUUGACCAUUGCUAUAUAAUAGGUGAUACCGCCUGGGUUACUGUUUCAUCAAUUCUCGUAUUGGCCAUGAUGAGUGCUUUGGCUUUCUUUGAAGCAGGUCUGAGUAGAAAGAAAGAAACCUUGACGAUUUUCAGUCAAAUUUGGAUUGGUCUGGCAGUUUUGGCUGUGGCAUGGAUUUUAUUUGGAUACACUCUUGUUUUUGGUCCAACACAAGGUGGUAUUAUUGGUGGUCUUGAUUAUAUUGCAUUCAUUGGAGUUGAUUUGAAUAAGUGUUCACAACAUGCUCUCUCAAUUCCACAUGCAUCUUUUGCAAUUUUCCAAAUGAUGUUUGCUUGCAUUACACCACUUUUGAUGACAGGUGCUUUUGCUGAAAGAUUAAAAUGGAGGGCUUAUAUUGCUUUCAUUCUUAUUUGGGAAUUUUUGGUUUACUACCCAGUUGCUCACAUUAUUUGGGGAGGUGGUUUCUUAUCCCAUAAACCAUUGGAUACUUUAGAUUUUGCUGGUGGUAUUGUCAUUCACGUCCAAUCAGGUAUUGCUGCUUUGGUGUGUGCUCUUGUUUUUGGUAGAAGAAAAGAUUUUGAUGAUCACCACGGUGAACCUCAUCCAUCUAAUCUUCCACUUGCUGCUAUUGGUGCUGCUUUAUUGUGGAUGGGUUGGUUUGGAUUCAAUGCUGGUAGUGCUCUCUCAUCAUCAAGUGUUGCCAUUGCUGCCAUUGUCAAUACCCAAGCUGCUGCUUGUACAUCAACAGUUGUUUGGCUUAUCAUGCACUGGAUCAAGAAUAAGAAGCCAUCCUUGGUCAGUUUGUUAAAUGGUAGUAUUGCUGGUCUUGCUGGUAUUACACCAGCUUCUGGUUAUAUCACUGUUCAUGCUGCUAUGGUUCUUGGUUUGAUUCUUGGUGCUUUCAGUUAUUUGGGUAUUUACUUGUUGAAGCAUAAACUCAGAAUUGAUGAUGCUCUUGAUGUUUCCAGUGUUCACGGUAUUACUGGUCUUAUUGGAAGUAUUGCCAUUGGUUUCUGUGCCACAACCUCAGUCAAUCCAGAUGGAGCUGAUGGUGUUUUCUAUGGUAAUGGAUGGCAAUUAAUGGCUCAAUUGGUUGGUGUUGGUUUGGCCUUCUUCUGGUCGGGACUCAUUACCUUCAUUCUUGCCAUCUCAAUUAGAAUGAUCAAUAGAUACUAUCCACACUUGUUGGUCAAUACUCGUGAAGAGGAAGAACAAGGUUUGGAUGCCUUGGAAUUCAGUGAAGUUUCUGCCUAUGAAGAAACUGUCUCCAGAGCUGCUCUCGAACUCAUGUUAGCUGAUUUGGAAAAGAGAAGACUCUACAACAUGAAGAAGAUGAUUGAUUCUCAACAAGAACAAUUCGUUUUGGAACAAAAGCAACGAAAACAACUUGUAAACAAUAUUAGAGUUGAUAUGGGAAGUCCAACUUCUUCAUUCCACUCAAAUUAUGGAACUAGUAAUUUACACUAA